UUCUUCAUUUUUCUGCGUAUUCUUUCUUGUGUUGCCAAAUGUUAGCGGCGGCGGCGGCGGCGGCGGCGGUCCCUUCUUCUUCUGGAAGCGCUGUUUCAAAGCUUACUCGCUAUCGCCUUCUCAGCGCGGUUCAAACCUAUCGGCGCUCCCACCUGUCUCCAACUCCAUUGUCUCGGGCUUCACCGUGUUUGGUGUUCUAUUCCAGUUAUAACAACACCCUUAGAGCUACGAUGGAUGCUCAAACCAUCACAACCCCUGAUGCUGACUAUCAGGCCUCUCCUUUUAAAGGAACUAAGCAAGCAUUAAUAUCACUAUCUGACAAGAAAGAUUUGUCUUUUCUUGGUAGCUCGCUUCAGGAACUUGGGUACUCAAUUGUUUCAACUGGUGGAACUGCAUCUGCUUUAGAAGGUGCUGGCAUAACAGUCACCAAGGUUGAGCAGCUUACGUGUUUCCCCGAGAUGCUUGAUGGUCGAGUAAAGACCUUGCAUCCUAAUAUACAUGGGGGUAUUCUUGCUCGGAGGGAUCAAAAGCAUCACAUGGAAGCCUUAAACAAACAUGAAAUUGGAACAUUUGACAUUGUGGUAGUGAACCUUUAUCCAUUUUAUGAGAAAGUUUCAUCUGCUGGAGGGGUAACAUUUGAUGAUGGAAUUGAAAAUAUUGACAUUGGAGGCCCAGCCAUGAUCAGAGCUGCUGCAAAGAAUCACAAGGAUGUAUUGGUCGUCGUUGAUUCACAAGAUUAUCCUGCCCUAAUAGAAUAUCUGCGAGGACAGAAGGAUGACCAGCAGUUCAGAAGGAAGCUUGCUUGGAAGGCUUUUCAACACGUUGCCUCCUAUGAUAGUGCUGUUUCAGAGUGGCUGUGGAAGCAAACUGUGGGAGAAGAUGUGUUCCCUCCAAGCUUGACGGUGCCGUUAUCACUUAAAAGUUCACUUCGUUAUGGUGAAAAUCCUCAUCAGAGAGCUGCUUUUUAUGGGGAUAAAAGUCUCGCUGAAGUCAAUGGUGGUGGCAUUGCAACCGCUGUACAGCACCAUGGAAAGGAAAUGUCGUACAAUAAUUAUUUAGAUGCAGAUGCUGCUUGGAACUGUGUGUGCGAAUUUGACAAACCUACUUGUGUAGUUGUGAAGCAUACAAACCCAUGUGGUGUGGCUUCACGUGAUAAUAUAAAAGAGGCCUAUAGAUUGGCUGUACAAGCUGAUCCAGUCAGUGCUUUUGGUGGUAUUGUCGCCUUUAACAUUGAAGUUGACGAGGAACUGGCAAAGGAAAUAAGAGAAUACAGGAGCCCCACGGAUGGUGAAACGCGGAUGUUUUAUGAGAUUGUGGUGGCACCCAAGUAUUCCGAGAAAGGACUCGAGGUCCUUCGGGGAAAAUCCAAGACACUGAGAAUCCUUGAGGCGAAGAAAAAUGAGAAAGGGAAGCUUUCUCUCAGACAAGUAGGCGGGGGCUGGUUAGCACAGGAUUCAGAUGAUCUGACACCCGAUAGUAUCCAAUUUAAAUCAGUAUCUGAGAAAUCUCCCACUGAAGACGAGCUCUCCGAUGCAAAAUUUGCAUGGUUGUGUGUCAAGCAUGUAAAGAGCAAUGCCAUUGUGAUUGCAAAGGAUAACCGGAUGUUAGGUAUGGGAAGUGGGCAGCCAAACCGUGUGGAAAGUUUGAGGAUAGCGUUACGAAAAGCAGGAGAAGAUGCUAAAGGCGCUGCUCUGGCUAGUGAUGCCUUCUUUCCAUUUGCAUGGAAUGAUGCGGUUGAGGAAGCAUGCGAAAACGGGAUAUCUGUGAUCGCAGAGCCUGGAGGAAGUAUAAGAGAUGUAGAUGCGAUAGAUUGUUGCAACAAGUAUGGAGUCUCACUUCUUUUCACCAAUGUUAGGCACUUUAGGCAUUGAUUGAUCAGUUUUGUCAGUCUAAGAUCUUUGAAUUUGCUGUAUAACUUAUUAAACAAAAUGUGGUUUUGUUGAUAAUAAUUGCAACUUCAAACCUGGGAAACAGUUAAGUUGGUCAUGAUAUUUUUGGAGGAUGAAUUGUAAGAAAUUCACAAUAAAUGUUAAGAGUUAAUUUGUCAGUUA